GACAUUCAGUCUGACGCGAACAGUCUUAACAAACGGACGUGUUUAACACUAUUUUUAAACCCUCGUGUGUAUUUCCGAUUCGAAAGUUCCCAAGUUUUCCAUAGUGCUUUUUUAUUAAUAAGUAAAAAAAAAAACAAUUUUUUUAUUACUUUUGAUGCACAAAGUGAUAAUAUACAGAAGUGAUUUUAACUGUGAGUGAUUUUGAAGGGUUUUAAUUAAAAAUAGUUUCGGGGUAAAGUUUUCGAAAAAGUUUGAAGACAAAUGACUCAAAGGAAUAAAAUAAUUGUAAUAGCAUAGUCAAUAUUAAACUUGGACAAUAAGAAAUACUUAAAAACAAUGUGUUAAGUGUUAAGUGAUCUAAAAAACACAAAAUGGCGUCCAUUAGUGACAAAACAAAAUUAACUAUACUAGUUUUAGUGAACAUUAUACUAAAAAAUUGCCAAAGUCAACAAAACAUCGACGAAAGUCCAAAACCAAUCGAACUUUUAUUACGCGACGGCGUCAGAGACUAUGAAGAGUAUUCCACAAACAACGCUGAAGCAGAACCAGAGAGUAUACCAAAACCAAAGACAAUUGUAGAAGACACAGACGUACAAUCAAAAGAGAGCAUAGACAAGACGACACUACCAUCAGACAAUGUGCUAACAACAGUAAUUUAUGAUGAAGCACAAGAAACUGAUAGGAAUGCAGUUGAAAAACCUGAUACAGAGUACGAAAACAACAGAGACAGCUCAUAUGAGAAUGAGGAUGCAGUUAAAACGACAGUGCAAGAUGAGACAGAGACUGCAACAGGUUACACUGUCUCGAUGAUUGACAAUAAUGUUUAUAAUAGAGAAAGCGUUAAGGAUUAUCCAAAUGAGAGCAGACAUAGUCAGUCGGAGACACCUACGCCCAUGGCGACCACGAGGCCAGUGGAUAGUAUGGAGGUGACGUCGCAAAGACCUGAACAGGAUGACCACGAGAGCUCCGGCCAGAGGAGCCCGAAGACCGAAACGGACACACAGCCAAUCGACAAGCGGUUAGUCGACAAGCCUCGCCCCCUACCGGCUUUGAGCAAGAGCUCCACCCUCAAGUCCUGGCUGGAGGACUCGUGGCUGAGGCCUCCAGCGGGUAUCCUGGUGCCACUGCGACCAGCGGCGCUACACCGGGCACUGGGAGUGUGGAGCGACCUGGCCGGCGAGGGGCUGAACGUGACAGAUGUGGUCAUAGUGGGCUAUGACUCUAACGGUGUGAACUGGCGCUCGAGGCACAACUUGCAGCCGACGUCAGCUGGCAACAGCGAUCGGGCGGUGGCGGAUGCUCUGGCAAAGCUAUUGCUUAAGUACCAAGGUGUAUACACUGAUUCUACCAAUGACGGGACAAUGCGAGCUUUGGCCUCCGCAGCAAAGCUGGUGCCAUAUGACAGUGCUCUCUUCGUGGUCACCGACAAGGGUGCUGGCGACCCUCAGCGACUACCCCUGGCUUUGAGGGCUUUGGUAGAGAAGAGAUUGAAGGUAUACACCAUAUGGACGGAUCCCGACCACCCAUCCGUGGAGUCGGAGCUGGCGCUGCAGGACCUGAGGAACGUGUCCUCCCACACGGAGGGGGAGGUGCUACCCUACUCUUUGAUCACGGAUACGGAGACCACUGGCAACUUGGCAUCAGAGACGGAACUGCAGGAGUGGGCUCCAAUGGUGGCCCCGGACAUCCGACGAGCAAGGAUAAGCAGUCAUCCAGAUGUUGACGUAUACGAUACUUUGCUGAUAAGGCGAGGCAGUUCCGAAGCCAUCACCCUGGGCAUUCCCAUCGAGAACGGAGUCGACGUCAUCAGGAUAUUCAUUGAGGGAGACGUGGAACACGCAGUGCUGUAUCCACCCAGCGAUGCUCCACAAAUAGACAUAUACAACCAGACGUCAGUCAAGCUGUUCUCACCAUCAUCGAAGACCAGUAGCCUGUCACCGAGGGACGUAUACCUGGUCUUCCCUGGCGCUACGCUGGAAGUUGACAUGCUCUCAGUACUGCCGGCAGCGGCGCCAGCAACGGACACGUCAGCGCUGGUCGGCAUGUGGCACCUCAGCGUGCGCUGCGACUCCUGCGAGUACACGCUCAGCGUCACAGCCCGGACGGACCUGCACUUGUUCGUGGAGACAGCUCCCAGAGAUAUACUCAAACUGAGGGUGACAGGCGAUGCUGCGAGCGUCAGAGAGUCGAACUUGGUGGACGAAUUUGGAAAUGAGCUGUCUAAACUUGCUUUCAGCUACCAACCAGUGACAGACAACGGUCACAAUCCAGAGGUCCCUGCGGCAGACAUUUACGGUGACGUACCCCUGCCAACCGUCACAGCCUCCAAGGUGUAUGUCAAGGUCGUUGGAAGAGAUAUCAAAGGAGAACCUUUCAUCCGUAUAUCGGGACCGAUCAACAAACAGACAGAGGUCCGGACAAGCAGAUCCGCCUCCAUCAGGUUCCCGGAGGAUGUGAACGAGCUGGAGGAAGCAGUGAACGAGCUAGAGGAAGCUGAGGAGAUGAACAGCAGAGCUUACAACGGGAAAUUGCAAUACAAUGACAGCAAUCUGCUGCCUUUUGGACAGGUUACUUCACAGGUGGUCAACCAAAGAGGCGCUCUACUGACAGCAGUUCAGAUCGGCCUGAGUUCUCGACUCUACGGCGCACCUAACGACAGACUACAGUUACAUUUCGAAGUGACUAACUUCAGAGAGCAAGCGGUGAGGUUCAACUUUGGUGCUGUGGGAGAACUCAGGUUUCUGACGGGCAUCGAACCUACUUCCCGAGUCAUACAAUCGGGCGAGACAGUCAACGUCAUUGUCAGUUUGACCAUAAACUCCAACGCUCAAGCUGGUGCGAGGGACCUCAUCACCUUCACUGCUUACGGUCUAGAGCAAGUGUCCAUGUCGGCCUACGUCUAUGUCAUGAACAGUGGUGAAAUGGUCAGGGACACGUCAGCGCCUGAGGUCAGGCACAACUUCCAGGGCUCGUGCCUUGGCAGGCAGGGCUCAGACUGCGCGGACCACGUCUGGUCUGCGAGCAUCAUCGUCAGGGAUAGAGAAGCAGGUCUCCUACGUUUGUCAUCAUCACCGCUUGGCCUGACUUUCGACAGCAACUUCAUAUCGGGCACGCGCGAGGAGGUGAUGACCACUUACCGCGCGACGUGCUGCGCGACCAGGGUGCUGGUCAACGCGGUGGACGCGUUGGGCAACACUAACAGCUACACUGUCGAUAUCUCUAAUUACAUUAACGAGGCGGCCAUUGCAGCAAUAGCACUCGGCGUGAUCCUGCUAAUAGCACUAAUAGCAAUCACAAUAGCUCUGAUCUACUGGUGUGUGAAGCGACGCAAGGAGUCGAGGGAACUGCCCUCGUACACAAGCAGAAAUAUCAGUUAAAUUAGUUAAAUAGUUAUUUAUUUAGGUAUAUGGAUAAUCCGGAAACAAAGAAGAUGGUACAGAAUUGUAUGCAGCCCAGAAUCAGUCAUUGUACCCUGGCGGAAAUAAAAGGAAAUAUUUUUGAUUGCACAAAUCUACGAAUUUACUUUAAUUCUUUCGAAAUAAUAUUCAUUAUCACUCAAGAAAUGCAUCACUAUUAUGGGUAAUAAUGGCGGAUUGAUGACGUUUUCAAUGCAGUAGUCGAUUUGACGUUUGCUGUCAAUUGUCAUGUCAUAGUUGCUCUAUGGGAGCCAUCUUGAUAUAACUCAAUAACUUGGGUGUCGUUUUAUUUAUUUCUUUUUAUUUAGUUAUACGACACGAAACUUCGCAUCAGUAACUUUCAAUAUUACUCAAGAAAAAUCGAGUCUUAUGUUUUUAAAUAUUUUAAAAACUAAUUAUUGAUUAUUAUAUUAAUUUACGUAAUUAUUGUUAGUGCUAAAUUUUGAAAUACAAAUUAUGAAAAAAGUUUGUUUAUGCGGAUGUCAAGGAGUUGCGUGACGUUUGGUUUUUUAUGGGUUUCACUGGCUUCACUACGCUGCUUGUAAAGACUUCUUUACUUUGUGGAAUAUGUGGAGUUUCUUAAUAUAAGAUUUUUCAUUCUUCAUAUUUUUGCAUUUUUAUCAAUUUAUUAUUUCUAAUUUGCAUGUUGUGAUAACGUAAAAAUUACUAAAAUAUAGAAGAAACUAUAUACUAUUUAAUAUGAUGACCAAAAUUAAAACAACUAUUACUAUUAAUUAACUAAUACUUAAUUAACAUUCUAAGUAAUUAAUAAGUUACCUGCAAACGGCCUUGCUAAGAAACAUUAAUUAAACUUAGGCAACAGAUUUUUUUGUUAUUAAGUAAUUAUGUUUAACUAGCAGACGCCCGCGACUUCGAUUUUUCAACCCCUAUUUCACCAAUUUAGGGGUUGAAUUUAAAAAAAUCUUGAAUCACGUAUCAUUUCAUAUUUUUUUAUGAUUUAUGGACAAAUUUAUAAAACUGUAACUCUUAAAAUGAAGGACUUUUCACACAAACUUUCAACCCCUAUUUCAUCCCCUUCUAUUUUAUUUAAGGGUCACAAAAAAACUCUCGUGUGAAUGAGGGCAUUGAGAAUUGUGGAAAAGUGUCAUCAAAAUUGAUGCAAUUACGUAUUUAGAAAAGCAAUGGAAACCGGUCAUAGAAAGAAUAAAAUACAUUAUAUUUAAUUGAAUUUACAUUUUUAUUUAUGUCUUACUUAUUAAUGUAAUUAAGUUUUAAUUUUACUAAUACGGGUAGUACAACAUUAAUUGUUACAUUAAAUUAAUUUAGUUAAUAAGUAAUAUUCAGCCAUAUUUUCCUAAUUAUAUUUUUGUAUUUCUUUUAGCCAAUAAAUAUGUGUCAAAAA